AUGGGGCGCGGCAAGGUGGAGCUGAAGCGGAUCGAGAACAAGAUCAGCCGGCAGGUGACGUUCGCCAAGCGCCGGAACGGGCUGCUCAAGAAGGCGUACGAGCUGUCGGUGCUCUGCGACGCCGAGGUCGCCCUCAUCAUCUUCUCCAGCCGCGGCCGCCUCUUCGAGUUCUCCACCUCCUCAUGCAUCUACAAGACGCUGGAGCGAUACCGCAGCUGCAGCUUUGCAUCCGAAGCAUCAGCUCCACUAGAGGCCGAAUUAAAUAAUUAUCAGGAGUACUUGAAGUUAAAGACAAGAGUUGAGUUCUUACAAACAACUCAGAGAAAUCUACUUGGUGAGGACUUGGGUCCACUUAGCGUGAAGGAGUUAGAGCAACUUGAGAACCAAAUUGAGAUCUCUCUCAAGCAAAUCCGAUCAUCAAAGAACCAGCAGAUGCUCGACCAGCUCUUUGAUCUCAAGCGCAAGGAACAACAACUGCAAGAUGCUAACAAAGAUUUAAGAAUGAAGAUAGAAGAAACUAGUGAAGAAAAUGUGCUGCGACUGUCUAGCCAGGAUAUUGGGUGUAGUGGAUCUAGUGGGCAUGGUGAUGAAGCCAACCAAGAACACCUUCAACUUGCUCUUGAUCCUUCGCUGCAUAUAGGGUAUCAAGCUUACAUGGACCACCUGAACAAUGAUUAAGUUGCUUCUUUGUGCGCUGUGUGCUCUAGUGGCCAUGGAUCUUCUAUAUAUGUUGGACGUAAUGCUUUUGAUAAAUCCUCUAUAUAUAACCAUAUCGGUCCUAGCUUUAUGCAUGCUACUGUAUGUACUAAACUAAGAAGCCCUACGACUUCUGUUGAGGAAGAAUGUUCUGACGAUCAUGACUUUCUUGCUAAAUAAUAACUACUGUAUCUCAUUUUGA